AUGAACCCAGAGAGUAGCACCUUUAUUGAGGAUUCCCUUAAGUAUUUCCAAGACCGAGUGAGCAGAGAGAAUCUGCUACAACUGCUGACUGACGGUAGAGCCUGGAACGAAUUCCUGGUUGCUGCUGGACUGUCCAGGAAUGAGGCAGAUGUGCUCCGUAAAGCUCUGAACAAGCUUGUAAGUCACAUGGUCACGAAGGACAAAAACCGCCAUGAUAAAGACCAGCAGCACAGGGAGUGGUUUUUGAAAGAGUUUCCUCGCUUGAAAAAGGAGCUUGAGGAUCACAUAAAGAUGCUCCGUUCCCUCGCAAACCAGGUUCAGCGGGUCCACAGAGGCACCACCAUUACCAAUGUGGUGGCCAACUCUAUUAGCACUACCUCUGGUGCCCUGAGCCUCCUUGGCCUGGGUCUAGCACCCUUCUCUGAAGGACUCAGUCUUUUGCUCAUGGGCACUGGAGCGGGUCUAGGAGCAGCAUCUGCUGUGACUGGGAUUACCAGCAGUGUCGUGGAACUAGUAAAGCAAUUGCGGGCACGAAACCAAGCUCGCAGCUUGGACCAAAGCAGCACCGAUGCAGUGAAAGUGGUGAAGGAGUUUGUGGGUGGGAACACACCCAACUUUCUUACCUUAGUUGACAGUUAUUCCACCUUCACACAACGCAUUGGGAGGGACAUCCGUGCCAUCAGACAAGGCAGAGUCAACCCUCAGUUAGGAGCAUAUGGCCCACCCCCCCAGGUCAUUGGGCGAAUCUCAGUUGAAGGUGGUGAACAGGUUGAGAGGGUUGCUGAAGGCCCCGCCCUGGCAAUGAGCAGAGGAGCCAUGACCGUGGGUGCAGCCACUGGAGCCAUCUUGCUUCUGCUGGAUGUGGUCAACACUGUGUAUGAGACAAAGCACUUGCUUCAGGGGGCAAAGUCAGAGUUAGCUGAGGAGCUGAAGAAACAAGCUCAGGACCUGGAGGGGAAGCUCAACGUUCUCAUCAAGAUCCAUGAGAUGUUGCAGUAGGGCCAAGGCCAGUGACCCCAGAGCAGGUCAGCCACCAGGGAAAGUGUGCCUGGCACAGGCCAGGACAAAAUGCAGA